AAGCUAAAGAUCAGACAUCAGCCGAUCAAAGAAGAUGCAAUUCGGUCACCGAAUUCGGUCGCACGUACGAGCGAGAACACUGUUUGAUCUUCGAUCACUAGCUGAAAUUUUCAGAGAGAGCGUCUUGUAAAAGAACUCACGUAAAUGUGACAGAGCUUUAGUGCUACAAUUGUGCACCCGGUAGUCUGUCCAUGCAAUGGUCUACGACGAAAAUUCGCGCGAUCGAGAGAAGAACUUCCUAAAGGCGGAAAGGGACACGAGAGGGGCCACGUGACCGGGCGCGUGUUCAACAGUAACAGCUGCACCGAUGCAGCUCCUUUCAAUUCACGUUGAACCUCCACCGAGGUAACACAGCGACGGUCACCUGAACGAGUUUUACUCCUCGAUCGCGCGGAAUUAUUUCAUCUCCGAGUGCCGAUUAAAAUUGAUUCCGUCUGCGUUUGUCAAUUCAAACGUCGCAAAUUAUUCCGCUUUCCAUCUCUGAAUCAAAACAUCAGAGAUCGCGGAAUAAUUGUCCUCGUUUUGAGUACCUCGACGCAGAAGAAGAAGUUAUGAAUAUAACGUAAUUCUCGAGGAAAGAAAGAAGUGAUUCCGAUUGAAGUGGCAAGAUCGAAGCACGAAGACUAGAACUCGGAAGACAAUAUAAUGGAUAACCGCAGAAAGCUAAUCCGCAAUCGAUGCGUGAUGCUGACAAUUGUUCUCGCGUACACGCUGGCGGUAUUCAUUAAGGCGGCCGAGAGCAGGCCUCACAUCAGGCACCACCGGGACGGCUCGCACUGCAGCAGAUGCGGUCCAGGCUGGGGCGUGAUUAGCCGUUGCGCUCGCGGCCGCGACACCGUGUGCGAACGUUGCCCCGCCGGCACGUACAGCCCGCAUCACAGCACGCAGCCCUGCUGGAACUGCGCCAGAUGCGGCCCGGGUCUUUACGAGGCCCAUCCGUGCACCACGCGCGCCGACACCGUCUGCGACUCCUGUCACCGCCCGGCGCCGGACAAUCCGGACUAUCGGCGCAAAUGCGAGGGCCGCGCGAGAUUCUUCCUCGCGCCGGAGGACGCGCGGAGCACCGCCGAGGAAAGCGUGCUGGUCAACGAGCCGGCCUACCGCUUCCAGAUCUACGACAGGGAGGAGGUGCUCGAGAAAGACGUGGAGGCCGUCCUGAGGGACAAGGCGGCCGCCGAAUCGGAGGUUCUACGGAGGAUUCAAUCACCGACCGAACAUUAAUCCCGAAUAACGAAGACGCUCCCGACGGAUUCUCCCGUCGGAAUGAAAUCGGACGAAAAAGAAGGUAUAAAGUUAUCUCGAUUGUUGCAAAAUUCUUGAAACUUUUAAUUAAAAAAAAAAAGAGAGAAAUAAAUGGAUCAUGUAGAAGUAAAGAAAGGAAAAUUUGACAGACCCGUAAUAGGAUUAGAAGAACAAUGUACAUUGUACGUUCGCUAUCGAUCGAUCUUUCAAUGCUAGUCAAUUAGCGCUUAAGAGAAUUAAGCUGUUUGUGGAACUGCGUACGACUGUGGUACGAGUUCAAAAAAAUGGGAAUUUUCAUUUGUUUGUCCGUUAGAAUCCCAAUUUGCGCCGGGCGACGCGGUGUGAAGAGAUGGAAAAUACUCUCUGACCCGUCGCUAAGUAUAUUAGCAUAUAAAUAAAUCCUUCUCCUGAAUACGAAUAGACUGUUACAUUUUUAAUAUUUAGAUCUGUAUUGCAAGUCGUAUUACACAGGUAGAUGUAUCGGUAGCUGUUAUCUGUAGUGUCACCAUAGAUUCGCGGAAUACAUUGACAUUUUUACACGCAGUCAUCCUCUCGUGGGACACGGUUCUGCGGAUGAUUUACGCGUGAAAAUUAUUUACGACUAUUGCAUCUAUACCGAUUAUUAUCGCUGAUAAGCACAUUGAUUAAUUAUAAGUGCGCGUGUAUGUAUAAUUGAUCAGCAUACUCGGAUUCACGUAAAAUCGGCACGUCUUUUCAGUUUCGCUCGAAAUUAGUGUGAUAUUGGCGGACGUCAAAUCGAUGCGGUCUUCAAACGUUAUUUCGUCUAAAAAUAUUUUGGUCUCCGUGAUUACGAAUUCAAUCUUUCAAUCCAUGAUUGAUGAGCGUUUUUUAAUCAUGCGAACGAUCCAGAUAUAAAUAUCCCCGGGCUUUAUCUGUAAAGUAUAAUGGAUGUUUGCGUUGCGAAAUACGGUCAUCAACAGUUUUUAGCAUUAUUUAUACGUAAUUCCGUCUAUACGGAUAUUUUCUGUGAAUAUACGUCAGCUUGCAGUGUACUUUGCUAAGCGUACUUUGAUUAUUCUCUUUAGACAUUGGCACUGUUUAAAAUUCUAAUAUAUUGCUGACAGAAGAAGAAUGAACAAUA